CAGGUUCGAUAUUUCUUGACAUUCGAGCAGCGCGAGCCGCUUCUUUUUCCGUCUCCGUGCUGAGGGUUCUUGGCUCAUAUCUGGCAACCCGCGCGGAUCUCACUGUGCUGACGUCAGUGAGGUCAGCCAAACGCAAGGAGGAAAAAUGGCGACCGCCUUCGACAGAUACAACUUACACACGACUCCUGAGAAGUUCUUCAUCGAGGCCUGCGAUGAAGGGGUGGAUGCCGUGCUGGCCAUCGAUAGGGUGUCCAACGAGAUGACACUAACAGGUAAGGCGAACCUCCCUCCAACGGCGGUCACCAAACCCAUCUUCGGCAUCAUGGGAACCAUCCGGCUGGUCGCAGGGAUGUACCUGAUCGUGAUCACCAGGAAGAAAAAAGUGGGCGAGAUCCUUGGCCACGCCGUGUGGAAGGUCGUCGACUUUGAUAUGAUCUCCUACAAGAAAAGCGUGCUCCACCUCUCGGAGACGCAGUCUCAGGAGAACAAGACCUUUCUGGCCAUGAUCAACAACGUUCUGACCACAGACGGCUUCUACUUCUGCACCGACUUCGACCUGACGCACACGCUGCAGCGACUGGCCAACACCAGCCCCGACUUCCAGGAGAUGAGUCUGCUGGAGAGGGCGGAUCAGAGGUUUGUGUGGAACGGGAAUCUCCUCAGAGAACUUGCUGGACAGCCUGAGCUCCACAGGUUUGCCCUACCUGUCGUCCAUGGAUUCAUCAUCUUGAAGCCGUGUCGCAUCAACGGGAAGAUCUUUGAGUGGAUCCUCAUAUCCAGGAGAAGCUGUUUCCGCGCGGGUGUCAGAUAUUACGUCAGAGGCAUCGACUCCGAGGGCCACGCAGCUAACUUUGUGGAAACUGAGCAGAUCGUGUUGUACGAGGGAGCUAAAGCUUCGUUUGUGCAGACUCGAGGCUCCAUGCCGUUUUAUUGGAGUCAGAGGCCCAACCUGAAGUACAAACCCAAACCCAUCAUCAGUAAAACCAUCAACCACAUGGAUGGAUUCCAGAGGCACUUUGACUCUCAGCUCCUGAUUUACGGGAAGCAGACCGUCCUGAACCUGGUGAACCAGAAGGGCUCAGAGAAGCCACUGGAAGAGGCUUUCGACAAGAUGGUGGCUGACUUGUGCAGCGGCUUGAUCAACUACAUAGCCUUCGACUUCCAUAAAGAGUGCAGCCACAUGAGAUGGGACCGCCUUCAGAUCCUGGUGGACGCCGUGGCAGAGACGCAGGAGGAGUAUAGCUACUUCAUGGUGAACUCGGACGGGAAGGAAAUGAGCCACCAAAGCGGAGUCUUUCGCAGCAACUGCAUGGACUGUUUGGACCGAACUAAUGUCAUCCAGAGCCUGCUGGCCAGACGCUCGCUGCAGUCGCAGCUUCAGAGGUUGGGCAUCCUGAACGUGGGGCAACGCAUCGAGGAGCAAGCCGAGUUCGAGAAGACCUACAAAAACGCAUGGGCUGACAAUGCCAAUGCAUGUGCUGUACAGUAUGCAGGAACUGGAGCCUUAAAAACAGACUUCACCAGGACAGGAAAGCGGACCAGGUGGGGGCUGCUGAUGGACGGCUGGAACUCCAUGAUUCGCUACUACAAGAACAACUUUUCUGACGGGUUCAGACAGGACUCCAUCGACCUGUUCCUGGGGAACUUCUCGGUGGAUGACUCGGAUGGAGCCACACCUCUGCGGGUGCAGAAGGACUGGAAGUUCCUGACUCUGCCCAUCGUCAUGGUGGUUGCAUUCUCCAUGUGCAUCAUUAGUCUUCUAAUGGCGGGUGAUACGUGGACGGAGACCCUGGCCUACGUGACCUUCUGGGGGGCCGCCAGCGCCAUCACCGCCACCAUCAUCCUGUUCAACGGCCAGGACUUUGUGGACGCGCCGAAGCUGGUUCACAAAGAGAAGAUGGACUGAUUGUUCGCGCCGGUGUGUGCGUGCGAACAUGUGUGAACGUGCGUGCUGCCUCUGGAUUACCCUACAGACUGAUCUUCCAUCAUCCUGUCUCUCCUCUGGCACCUUUUCGUUGCUCUAGGUUUUCUGUUUACACUAAAAAUAAUUCCUGUACGAUUACAGUUUAUUUACUGUCGGUUGGGCUUCUUCUGUCGUCUCUUUUACACCCCUUUGGUUAUGUUGUUACCCCUGAGAGGUCACUUCAGCACACUGGCCUUGAACAUAUUAAACGGUUUAUGGACCUAA